AUGGCGGCUGUGGCGUUUUCCGCGUCACGUUGCCAUGCGCCCAGCCUGGUGUUGCAGGCGUCUCGGGGGGUUUGCUCCGGCGGCUUCCGCGGCGGAAGCCGGGGCGUCCACCCGCGCGGCUCGCUGGCGCCGGCGGUUUCGCUGUUGACCGCGGCGGCGUUUGCGAGAGGCGCGGCUCGGCGGCGCAGGAUGUCCAGCCUGGCGGCUUCGGCAGCCCAAGUGAAGGAACUCGGCCUGGCAGAGGAGAACCUGGCGCUGGUCUUCGUGAAGCCCCAUGCUUGCACGCCAAAGGUGCUGCAGCUGGUGCCAGACUUCCUUCGGGAGUCCGGACUCCAGGUCCUUCGCAGUGGGUCCGUGGGUGCAAAGACCAUCGAGGAGCAGGGCAUCAUCGACGCCCACUACGCUGCCAUCGCGAAGGUGGGCAUGGCGAGGGACCUGAGCACCCUGGGCCUGGAGGGCACGGCGGCGAAGUUCGAAGCCGGCUACGGCAGGUCCUUGGACGACGCCUUGGCCAAGAACGAGGUGUGCAGCGCGGUCACGGCCAUGGAGGUGCUGCAGGUGGACCCCAGCGAGCUGCUGCGAAGAUGCCUGGCGGCGGGCUACGAGAAGCUGAGGUCUGGCCUCUACUGCGCGCGCCUGGAGGGUGGCGAGACCGGCCAGCUCUUCGUGCUGAACGGUUUCUACGCGCGCAUGCGGGAGAAGUUCACGAGCCCCGGCGUCACCGUACAUUGGCACGUGGUGGGCUGGCCGCAGUCGCAGCUGCCCUGGGCGGACUUCCGCGGCCAAGUCAUCGGCUCCACGAACCCCGCGGAUGCGGUGGAUGGCUCCUUGCGGGCCAGGAUCCGUGACAGCUGGGAGAACCUGGGUUUGGAGGCGGAGACCAACUACCAGGACAACGGAGUGCACGCCUCCGCGGGACCGCUGGAAGCGCUGAGGGAGCGCAUGGUGUGGUUGGGCGAUGACAUCGAGAGCGACCCUUUUGGCCGCCUGGUCACCGAGCGCUGCUCGUUGAGUGUCAAGGAUCUGGUGGAGAACCCAGUCAUCCAGUUGGACGGGAAGACGGGCCCGGCCUUCGAUCUGCUGGAAGAGCUCGACUGCAAGGAGACCCUGGAGGACAUAUCGACAACCCUGAUGCUAGCAGAAGAUGUGCUUUCAAAGUACUUGUGCCAACGGUGUACCGUAAGGCUCUCGCGUCUGCGAAGCUUUGAGCCGGGCGGGAGCCUGCAGCGACGCAAAGGCGCAGAGAAGCAGGCGGCCGAGAAGCUGCUGUUGUUCCGGGACCUCAUCAACGAGACGGUGGGCGAUGCCAUCUCCAUUUUCCUGGCAGUGGAGGCCGUGCUGUACCUCACUGACUCCGACUGCGACACUUGGCGUGACAUGUACAACGACCUGCCAAACCGGCUAAUCAAGGUGGUUGUGGCGGACCGAGCCGUGUUUGAGACCACUGACGCGGAGCGCAUCUGCGUGCAGCCGAGGGGCCUGCAAGAGGAGAUCGACAAGUGCGUCGCCAAGGUGCCGAAGGGCCGUGCCUUUGUGCGCCCCAGCGGCACGGAGGACGUCGUGCGGGUGUAUGCUGAGGCGGAGACGGUGGAUGACAUGCUGAAGCUCACCCAGGAGGUGGUGGACUUGGCCUUUGACCUGGGCGGCGGCGCCGGGGCCUUGGAUCGAUCCAUGCAGCUAGCGGUGGCCGUUUUGGGCGGAGGAAGGGACCUGAAGACGAAGCACUGGCUACAGGCGGUCUGGUAUCUGGGAAUGUCGGCGCAGACAUUGACGACAUGCUUGAACACCUUCUGCGCAACACUGAAUGCACAACAGUCUAAAGGCGAGUGCCAGAGCAGUGAGGCCAGAGAUGAUGGCGGAGACUACGUCAAGGUAGAGCCUUCCGAGGGCCGCCCCCUCACCGGCGAGGCCUCGGGUUCCUCAGAGAACCUCCGGCUGGUGGGCAAGAAUGGGGAGGGGAAGUCCUCCAUCAAGCUGCUGGCGCCGCUGAGUCUGGUGCCGCAGGUGGUCCUGGACAGCAGCCUGAAGAGACUAGGCUACCAGGUCGUCGAGAAGACGUUUCGAGUUCUGCCUUUCCUCACCAUCUACGGGGGCACCGCGGCUCUCAUCACUUGCGUGGCCUUGAGAUAUCGCUGGGGCGUGCUGAUGUCGAUGAUGCUGUACUCCUGCUUCAUGUUCUUCACGGCAGUUGAGAUGGUGGUAUGGGGAGCCUGGGGUCCGGGCCUCAAGUGA